CACGCACAGCAGCCGCAUCCUCCUCGCGCCGGGUCUCGCGGUCGCAGCUCCAGCCUCCUCCUCUGUGCCGUCGCCGCCGCCCCAGCCGCUCGCUUCGUGGGUCGGUCCCUCCGGCACACGGGCUCCAGCCGCGCCGCAGCCGCCCUCCAAGCCCUUCAGGCCGCCCUGGUCUCCUCCUCCGGCCCGAACCAGCCUGCGAAGAUGGUGGACCGCGAGCAACUGGUGCAGAAAGCCCGGCUGGCCGAGCAGGCUGAGCGCUACGACGACAUGGCCGCGGCCAUGAAGAACGUGACCGAGCUGAAUGAGCCACUGUCCAAUGAGGAACGCAACCUUCUGUCUGUGGCUUACAAGAAUGUUGUUGGGGCACGCCGUUCUUCCUGGAGGGUCAUCAGCAGCAUCGAGCAGAAGACAUCUGCAGAUGGCAAUGAGAAGAAGAUAGAGAUGGUUCGUGCUUACCGUGAAAAAAUAGAGAAGGAGUUGGAAGCAGUGUGUCAGGAUGUGCUGAGCCUGCUGGAUAACUACCUGAUCAAGAAUUGCAGUGAGACCCAGUAUGAGAGUAAAGUGUUUUACCUGAAGAUGAAAGGGGACUAUUACCGUUACCUGGCUGAAGUGGCCACUGGAGAGAAAAGGGCAACUGUCGUGGAGUCCUCUGAGAAGGCCUACAGUGAAGCCCAUGAGAUCAGCAAGGAGCACAUGCAGCCCACUCACCCCAUUAGAUUAGGCCUGGCUCUUAACUACUCCGUUUUCUACUACGAGAUCCAGAACGCGCCCGAGCAAGCAUGCCACUUGGCCAAGACCGCUUUCGAUGACGCCAUUGCCGAGCUCGACACUCUCAACGAGGACUCCUACAAGGACUCCACUCUCAUCAUGCAGCUCCUCCGCGACAACCUAACGCUCUGGACAAGCGAUCAGCAAGACGACGAUGGUGGAGAAGGCAACAAUUAAGGCCCCAGGUGGACUGGCAGCGCACGCUGAUGCUACUACUGCAGUCUUUAUUUUUUUCCCAUGAGUUGGGGGUCGGGUGGGGGAGGGAAAGGGAGGGAUGACCUUCCCAGGGAGAAACCCACGACCUGUCCUGUCUUUGAUUGCCUCUUUGACAUUUUUGCCAAAAUACCACUAGUGGAAAGUCAGGCUAGUUGUGCUGGUAUUGGAAUAGCAGCCUCACACUGGCAUAUGGACUGUUCUGUAGAUUAAUGCAAGUGGAGCUGUCUGUCUUUAAUUUAACUUAUUGCUAGGUAAUAGGGUUUUAAGACAAAAAGAAAACUGAAAUGGAAUGGCCCUCAUUCAGUAAGUUCUGUGGUUCCAGUAAGGACUUUUAUGUACAUAUGCUCUUGUCUUAAGUUUUGGGUACUUUCUAUCUCAUCUGUUUUAGCUGUGCAUUUUUUUCAGGGUGUACUCUACCACAUGUGGAAUAGUUUAAUCCCAGGCUGACAGACUUAGAAUAUAAGGUAUAUUCAUCCUUAUGGUUUAGGCCUGGCCGGUUUUCUGAAGUGUCUGAUUAGUUGACAGUAUUAACACUAAAUUGCAGUUUACAGUAUUUCUACAUUACAGCCAUAUGUAACAUCAAGCCAUUGAUUGUGUAUUUUUAUUUGCUAGUUAUUUUGGCUUUACAUCCUUAUUCAGCCUUAUCCAGGUUGGUUUUGCUGUUUGUCUGUCUCCUGGGCUAAAAGACUUGCCUGGGGAGAAUCAGAGCUACUUUAGGUUUUGGUUAAUAGGUGCUUGGCAGGUGGCUGUGGGAUUUUUGUUCUUCUUUCCUCUUAACUUAAAUCCACCACAAAAAUUAUUAGUCAUUUUAAUAGAAGGGUUAAACACCACAAAAAUAGAGAAAAUUCAGGUCUGUAUGUCAUUUAUCGUGUUGGUAUUUUCAGAGCAUAUCCUGCUUUUGAAACUGCCAUGGCUCCUUCCUCAGGGACCCCACCACCGCUCACUCUUCACUUGAGUCUUCCCCACUGUACCUGUGCUGACGACAUGUACCUGGGUCGAGAAGCGGCUGGACUGUGGAAGCUGGUGGCUAUUUUGAGAAAGUUUGUGGUGCAGUGUGUGAAAAUUCAGGUGCUGGAAGCUUACUGGUGGGAAAAUACAAAAGGAAGAGCUGUAUUCAUAAACAUUCUGUCAAAUUCCGGGAGCCUCCUUCCCAAAGUAAUUGUUGUAGGAAGAUAAACUAAAAUCAUUACCCAGGUAGUAUAUACUUAACUCUGUAUUUUCUUUUUAAUGAAAGCAUUGAAGUUGAAGAUUCACUUCUCUCUUGUGUAAUCAAGGCACAUUUUGGAAUUGAAGGAAACUAUACUGCUUUCCAUAAAUUUGUUUUCUGUUAGCCCUAGGUCCCUCACUCUUAUUUUGGAUAAGUCUCUGUAUACAUUACCUGUUGCAUGUGUGUUCAGUAUAUUUUAUAAAAUCAGUAACAGCGUGAACUCUCGAGAUGGGUAAUGACACCAAACUAGUUCUGUUUGUUUCUUUGUUUUAUUUAGGCAGGAAGAGGUGUGAAUAAUAAUUGAGGAAAAACUAACAGAUGCUUUUGUUAAUACCAAAAUUGAGCCUACAAUUACAAAGUGAAUAUGUUUAACAGGAUACAGGUGACAGUGAAGAUAGAACAAUGAGGAUGACCAUAGAAUAAAUAUACUCUAUAACAUUGCUCAGUUUACCCAGCAUGACUUUCCUUAGAAGGCCCCCUUCUUAUGUGAGAGUGGAAAUCCUAAUAAAUUGAAGCUUACCAGAAGAACUAAUAGAAGAAAACUUUGUAGCUUUUUUGCCAUUAUAGGAGCCUAAUGUCAUUGCUGUGGAUGGGAAAAGAUUGGGGGGUGGGUGGGUGGGGCUUUCCCUAAUUUCAUGUCCAGUGAGCAGUGUUCUGUCCUUCCUUGUAGCAUUUGGAAAUGAUUUACUGGAAUUACAAAACCUAUUUUUCAUUUAAAUUUCAGCUUUGGCUCUGGCUGCUUUUUAGAAUAAUGCAAGGUAAAAUCAUACCUGAGGGCUAAGAAUGAAGAGGAAUGAGAGACCUGAUAUUUAAGCAGCUUGAAUGGUUCCUUUUCUUUUCUUUAUUUUUAAAGAAAUGCACUUGCCUAUGAUACUGUCUUUCCAGUGAAAUGAUUACUCCUCCAUUACUCUAUUGAUACAAUAUUGUGCAUGCUAGUGUUGUAUUUCUAUACAGUAGCUUGAAAUUUAUUAACUUAUACUGUAGGUGUUAUGUAUUCCUAUGACAAAAAAAUUAAGUCUUCAAAUUUUUUAAAGUUUUUUUAAUUUAAUUUUUCUUUUUGGGGGUAAAGUUUGCUCUACCAAAUAGUGAUCGUAACAAAUUGAUCUGUUUUGGAUGUUGCUAUAGUGACAUGCAGUUAUAUUUUGGGUUUUUUUGGGGGGGGUGGGCAAAAGAAACACCAGUGUUAGCUUAAUCUUAAUGUCUGGUGUUUGUCAUGGUGAAAUUAUAACUAUUACAGUGUAGGAGAACAAUGAGUAUGUUCUCUGAAUGAGCCUUUGUGCUUUUUGUCAUGUUAUGCAGUGAACUAUUUUUAAGGUCUAAUCAGUGAUUAUUUUUCCAGCUCCGUGUUUCUCUAAGGAAUUAUUUCACACACGGACCAUUCUUAGCAGUUUUCCUCAGUGAUGGAAUAUCAUGAAUGUGUCAUCAUGUAGCUGUCGUACAUUGAGCAAAUAAACUUACAGAUCUGA